AUGGGUGUCGUGAAUGUGAGCGGGCGCCAGUAUCGAGCGGCAGCAGGCGCAGGCUCCCAGCCAUACAUCCAGAAGCAGCCGCAGCAGCCGCUGUUGCGGGAUGGCAGCGCGGCGGAUGAGGUGGACGAGGCGUGGGGCGGGGAACCCGGCAGCGGCGGCAGCGGCGGUAGAAAGGAGCCGAGUCUGUUCCCGUACCUGAUUGGACAGAAGGGUCGCACCAGGCAGCGCAUCGAGCAGGACACGGGCGCCGAGAUUGCGUUCCCAAGUCGCGGGGACCAGGCAGGCCCGGGGGCCAGCCGCCCCGUGGUGGUGCGGGCGCCCAGUCGGGCAGCGGUUGCGCGUGCCUGCACGCAGCUGGAGCUUGCUGUCAGCCAGGCGCUGGAAGCCAGGGGUCCCAGGUCCCUGGACUACAACUACUUUUUGUGCCUGCCGCUGGCCAACCCAGACACCUCGGCCCGCCUGGAGGCCUUCCGCGACCAAGUGCUGGCGCAGCCCGACAGCGCGGAAGCAGGCGCGCCUGCGCAGCCGCCGCAUGGCACGCUGGCCCGCACGGCGGCGCCGCUGAGCAAGCUUCACCUGCACCUGACGAUCGCCAUGCUGAAGCUCGACGAGCGUCGCGCGCUGGCGCGGCAGACGCUUCACUCGCUGCAGCCGCGUGUGGCGGAGCUACUGGGGGGACAGCCGCUGCGGGUGCAGCUGCGGGGCUUAGAGUACAUGAACGAUGAUCUGUCGCAGAUGCAUGUGAUGUACCUGGGAGUGCGGGACGCGGCUGGCAGCCCCGGCGGGCUGCAGCGCGUGCAGCAGCUCUGCGCUGCAGUGGUGGAAGCCUUUGGGCAAGCAGGCUUGCUGCUGCCGCAGGACGACCGAGCCGUGAAGCUGCACGCCACGGUGAUCAACACGCGGUACCGGCACCGGGGCCAGGGCCGCGGCAGCGCCACAGGCGCUGGCCAGCAGCACCAGCAGCAGGGCCAGGGGCAGCAGCAGCACCAGCGGCAGGCGAUUGAUGGCCGGCUGCUGCUGCAGCAGCAUGCGGUCGUGGACCUGGGGGCGGUGGCGCUGCCUGCGGGCGCGGGGCGCUCCAUCGGGGCCCAGUACCCUCGCUUGUCUGCCAGGAGGCCCUCCAAGAUCAGUGAUUGCCAUCCGGAGCGGGGCAAGAGCUGCAUGGCCGCGCAUAAUGUUCCUUUCGCUGCGGCGCUGCUGCUGGCAGCCCUGGUGCUGGGUGCACACGCGGGCACCGCCCAAGCCGCAUUUAGCGCGCUGUGGGGGGAGAAUGGCGAGCUCUGGAAUGGCAAGUGUCCGCUGGGAGGGCAGCUGUUUGACUGGAGCUUUGCCGGCUACAAGCAGGGCAAUGAGCCGCUGCCCAGCCCUCCCAUCACUCGCUCCAUCAUGGAGUUUGACGACGGCAGCAUGAACGACACAGCCAUCCUCAAGGCCGCCCUGGACUGGGCUAACAGCCAGCCGCUGACAGAUGACUUCAUUGUGCUCUCCAUCCCUGCUGGCGAGUAUGUGCUGGAUGAGGUGAUGACCAUCACGCGCUCCAGGGUGGUGCUGCGCGGCGAGGGCAGAAACUCCACCGUCCUCUUUGUACCUAAGAGCUUGUAUGAUGUGUAUGGGCAGAACCCAGAGGAGAAUGCGCCUCGCGGCUAUAUCAACAACGGCGGCUUCAUCACGAUCCAGGGCACCAAGAACAAGGGAGCCUUUGUCGCUGAUGUCAUCGCGCCUGCCGCGCAUGGCGACACCGUGAUCACGCUGAGCGACACGUCCGGCCUGGAGGUGGGCCAGUACGUUGACACUGCCUGGACAGAUGUGGACGGGAACUUCAACACCCUCAUGUUUGACAACCAGUGGCGUCCCCCGGCGACGUAUGAUAACUCCACCCGAGUCAGGUUCGCAUCCAGGAUACAGGCCAUCGAUGGCAACAUGGUCACCCUUGAGCGCCACCUGCCGUACGACAUCAUGCCUGGAAUCGACACGGCCCAGGUGUUUAGGCAGCCAGACACGGUGGUGGAGAGCGGCGUGGAGGGCCUGACUUUUCAUUUCGAGUGGGAGCCGUAUGCGGGGCACCACCUGGAGAGGGGCUGGAACGGCGUGCACAUCAGAGAGGCGCGCGACUGCUGGGCGCGCGACAUCGGCACCAUCAACGCCGACAACUCUGUGCUGGUCAGCCACUGCACCGCCAUCACGGUCAAGGAUGUGAAGAUCGAAUUUGAGAAGUCGAGGGAAAACUUUGAGCCCAAUGUGCUGAACGAGCCCGCCAACUUUGAUGGACACUGGGGCAUCCAGCAUGAGCACUCGUUCGAUGUUCUGGCCGACACGUGGCUGAGCACCGGGAACCUGGCGCACGACAUUGGCACCGGCACCGGCGGGAAGUGGGGUGUGUACAUGAACGGCAAUAUGAAGGAUCGCGGUAACUUGGACUUGCACAGGGCGCUGUCUGGCCCCACCCUUUACACCAACAUUAAUGUGGGGCUGGGCGUUGAGGCUCUGAUGAGCGGCGGCCCGCCUAGGUCCGGGCCCAAUGCCCUGGCCGGCACCACCUGGUGGAACAUCAUGAGCACGCAGCCGGUGGACCCCAACAAGUCGAAUGGAACCGCUGGGGACUGCUCCUAUGGACCAGUCAUCAACCUGGUGGGCGUGGACAUCAAGCCCAACAAGGUGGACCAGAUGUGCCCCACCUGGUUUUAUGAACGCGACCCCACCAUCCCUCCCAAUCUGUAUGAUGCGAUGGUGCAAGGCCCAGUCAGAGGGCUGCUGAGGCUGUCCAUCGGUGCAGUCAGCUGGAGCGGCUCUCGACCCCCAGUGCACCCGGAGGAACAGCUGCAGGCGCGAAUUGCCUGGUGGGGCGAUGCCAGCGGCGGCGAGGUGCUCCCGCUGCCAGGCGGCGCCGCCGCCGACGCCGCUGCCGCGGCGUUCCAGCUGCGCACGGGACCCAAGUACUUCACACGCUACAUGCGAGACAUGGGGUGCUUGUCCAUCACCGUCGAGGCUGCGGGCCGUGGCGGUCGGGCAGCGGCGGCGGUCGCCACCGCUUCUGUGGGCCUGCUGGCAUUGGACGUGCAAGCACCCAUCAGCGGCAGCUACCCGCUGGUGCUGGCGGCGCCUGCACACCCCGCCGCAGCUGCGGCUGCGGGCUGCAGCAGCGAGGCGAUUGUCGGCAGCCUGCUGGUGCGCCUGGAGCUUGAUUAUGGCGGCGGUGGCGGCAUUGGCGGCAGCGACCCCGCCGCCCUGCUGACUUCAUUUGAGCUGAACGAACAUCUGGCCAGCAUCAGCACCUGUGGUGCAGGAGCUGUGUCGGAUGCAGACAAGACAGACGGAGCAGCACCACCUCUGAAGGAGGCAGCAGCUGACGAGCCGCCAACGGCGCUGGGAGGGCCGAGCGUGUGCACUCGGCUCGCAUCUGUGCUGCAGGACAGGGAGCUGGUGGCAGGAGCGGUGGAGCAGAUUGCGUGCAUCAGUGCAGACGCGGCAAGUCAGCAGGGCAGGGAGCAGGAGCUUGACCAGCAGGGUUGGCAGCAGCUGCUGCGCCUGCUGCUCCCGACUGCCAGCCAGCAUCAGCUGGAGUACGCGGCUGCCAUGCUGCUGCCGUUUGUGGGCUGCCGCGCUGCUGACCAGGUGCAGCAGGCGCGGCUUUCGCUGCCAGACCUCCAAGCAGCAGCGGCGAAUUGCUGUGCCGUGGAGCGCCGGUUGCAGCAGCUGCCCGCAGCAGAGUCGACUCGCAGCCUGCGACCGCUGGCGUUUGCGCUGGGCAGCCGAUCCCUGGACUUGGCAGCGGCAUUUGUGGCAGCAGAAGAGGAGGUGCUGCCGUAUGCUGAGCUGGGCACGCUGCUGCAGCGCCUGCACCCAGCGGCAUCAGCGGACGAUGCUCGCUGCCUGCUGGCCCUGCUAGCGGCGGCUGACGGCAGAUCUGCUUGCGCCGGCAACCACCCUGGUGCUGGGAUCACCCUGCCUGCUAUCAAGGCAGCCCUGACAGCCAUUCAGGAUGCGCAGCAGUUUCCGACUGCCGACGAUUCGGAGCGGCAGCAGGCAGCAACAGCUGCUCGACGAGCCAAGGAGUCGGCUGCCGCGGCUGCGGCAGUCGUCACAGAGCAGCGCGCGGCAGCAGGAGCAGCGGCCAGGGCGGCCCCACCACAGCAGGCACCAGGGAGAGAGCGAAAGAUGGCUGUCGUCAGCCGGCUGAAGAGCCAGCAGCAGCGCCGCAGGAGCGGCAUCGAGGAUGGCGGCUCUGGUGGCAGCCAGCAGAGCGAGGUGCCUGUUGUGGAGCCAGCACCUCAGCAAGUGGAAGUGCUGCCGAGGCAGCAGCCGUCGGCACAGCAGCAGGGCCCUGUGCUGCAGCUGAUCCAGCAGGCAGAGCAGCUGAAAGCGGCCUUGGAGCAGGCAGCAGGCAGUGGCAGCUGGGGAAGGCACGAUGGCAGCCUGUCCGCUGCCACAGCGGCGUUAGUGGCAGCUGCCAAGGCGCUGCGGCUAGAGGGGGAGCGUGACCUGCCGAAGCACCAUCACGUGCCCACCGCAUCAGAUGCAUCUGCAGCAAGAGGUGCCCCGCAGGAUACAGCCCCAACCACCGCCUCCUCAGCGCUGGAUUCUUCUGAUCCCGAGUCGGAUGCAGAGGAUGCUCUGCUUGAGUCUCUUUUCUUCCGGCAGCAGCACCAGCCCCUGCUGGCCUCUGCCGCAGCCUGCACAUCCAUGCUGAAGGCAGACGACUUGGCAUGUCAGCAGCAGCACGUGGCAGCGAGCCAGCACCUGGAGCAGCAGCAGCAGCAUGUGCUGCGGGUGCAGCUGCUGCCUGCAGAGGUUUCUGGCAGCGGUUCCUGCGGCAGCAGUGUGCGCUGCGUGAUCAAGCCCAUGUGUGGCAGUGGCCAUCCACAGCAGCUGUCGUUGCCUCUGGCUGCCAGCGGCACCGCAGGCUCGGACAGCGCAGCAGCCUGUUAUGCCGAGGUCCCCAUGCCAGCCACAGCAGGCUCGGUGGGAGCCCCGGGUCUACAGCAGCAGGGCGGCAUGCCAGUGCCCGCGGUGCCGCCAUAUCUGUUUCUGGAGUUGUGGCGGCACAGCGGCAGCCUGCUGGGCGUCGUCAAGGUGCCGCUGCUGCAGCCCUCGUGGUGCGCCACAGCUGGUAGCCCUCCAUCGGCCGAUGCUGGGAGCAAAGGAGCCAGCUUCCAGCCCUGCAGCAGUGGGCAGCCGCCGGUGCGGUUGCCUGCGGUGGUGGCAGAGGGGCGCCACGCCAUCAGCGACAUUCUGGAGGGGCGCGAGGCGGGCAGCCUCUAUGUGGCCGCCGUGCUGCAGGAGCGAGGCUCGCCACCUUUGGCCCCAGCCGUGCGCCACCGCUUUGGCGUGCGCAUCCGCAGCGCGCACCGUCUGCCGAGCGCCGCCGCCUAUGCUGGAGCUGGGCUGCGUGCCCCGGAUGGCCGCUUGCUGCGCUACAGCUUCCCAGGAGAGCCUGACGCGCUGCAAACCAAGGAGGUGCCCUGCUGCAGCAACCCCUGCUUUGAGGCCACCGCGCAGCACGAGAUGGUGCUGCCUGCCACGCAGAGCAUCCUCCCGCUGCUGCAAGACGGCCUGCUCCGGUUUGAGCUGCUUGACUGCUGGGCAGACCAGCCCCAGCAGCGGCGGCGCCAGCAGCACGGCUGGGCGCUGCUGCCGCUGGCGGAGCUGGCUGGACUGGCGGGGGAAGCAGAGCGCAGCAGCGGCGGUGCCAGGGAGGCAAGCAGGGUUCUGCUGCUGCCACUCUGCACUGAAUACGACUCUCCCGCCGAAGCAGCGGCAGCAGCAGCAGCAUCAGGCGGUGGUGGGGCAGCCCAGGCUGCAGCAGCGGCAGCAGCAACCCGUGGCCCAUCCCUGAAGAUUGAGCUCAGCUACGCGGCACAGCUGUGCACCACACCGGUCGCAGAAGCGGCAGCAGCGGCGGUAGCAGGCACAGGAGGGGAUGCCGCUCCGCCAGCGGCUGCAAAGAAGGCAGGUCAUGCUGCUGGAGCCUUCGACAGCGGCAGCGGCGCCGACUCAGAUGGGGAGAACAGCUUGGUGGCAGCCAACAAGUCUGAGCUGCAGGCCUCAGCGCCGCCGCUGCAGACUCCCUUCAUCCCACAGUCCUUCUGUCCCACCUGGCAAGCAGCCCACAGCUACCAGCUGCACCUGACGAGCCGCAUGCUCAAUACGCUGGCAACACAGAGCGUGCGGGUGGAGGUGUGGCAUCGCUGCCCCAGGGGCGGAGCGGCAGGGGCCAGCGGUCAGCGGGAGUUGCUGCUGGGUACCGGCAGUGCUCCCCUGUUGGACGUGCUGCGCAAGCAGCAGGCAGCGGCGCUGCUGCCACCGGCCCUGCACACCUCGCUGCUUCAGCCACCGGGCGCUGACUUUGUCGGGCAGGCUGCGGUGGUCGCUGUGCGGCUGGAUCUGCUGCUUCCGCCAAGCAGCGCCAGCAGCACCAGGCCCAAAGCGGAUCGAUAUUAUUGCCGCUACAGCCUGUCGGGCAGCCUGGCCAGCAACGUCACUGCGGCCAGGGUGCUCACAGCGGUCGGCGGCGCAAGCAGCUUCCCAAGCCGCAGCAGCAAGAGCAGCGGCGGCAGCACCGGCCUGGGCCAAACGGCUUCAGGGGAGCAGGGGAAGCAGCGGCAGACGUGGGGUGCCAAGCUCAACCACCGAGGAUUUUUCGAGGUGCGCGCUGGGCCAGCCCUGGUGGCGGCGCUGCUUCAUGCUCCCCUUCACGUCCAUGUCUACAAGCAGCCUGCAGCCAGCAGCAGCAGCAGCUCAGCAACAGCCCCGGCAGCCAGCCGGCCUGGCGUGCUCGUGGGCAGAGCUGACGUUGACCUCUCCCCUCUGCUGUGGAGCGGCAGCAGCUCCAGCGCCGUUAACGGCCCCGACAGCAGCGCCGAGCAGGGACUGGAGGAGAAGCGCCGCGUGAGCGGCCUCUAUCCUCUGGUGGAGGGCGCUGCCGCCUCGCAGGGUGGUGCCAGCCUGGCAGCUACCGUGCAGCUGCAGCUUCUGCCUUUGGCUACAGCAGCGGCGCAGGCUGCGGCUGCUGCGGCUGCUGGCGCCGACGCUUGCUGCGCGGCCUGGCUGCUGGAAGGGAGUGGAGGCGACCAGAUGCAGCCGACAGAGGGCCGCCAUCUGGGCUCCGCCAGCAGCGCUAGCAGCUGUGACAGUGAAGAGGAGGCAGCUAACCUUGGGAGGCAGCAGGGGCACUUCUCUCCUGAGCCACAACGGCAGCAGCACAAGGUGGAGUUGGAUGCAUCUUCUUCAGACGAUGAGGAGCUGCUGCAACGCUGCCACCUGCUGGUCGCCGGCAGCGCUGCCCGCAGCAACAGCCCUAGUACCCUGCCCAAAGCCACUGCUGUUCAGCGGCAGCAGAAGGAGCAGCAGCCAGCAGACGCCCGCGAGGGGCAGCCCGGGCAGGAUGCCCAGCAGGCAGCUGCGGGCUCAGCCGGCGGGUGUGCCGCAAGCCAGCCGCCAUCACUGCCGCCUGCCCAGCAAGUGCAGCAGGAAGGCGGUGCAGGUGCAGCCCCAGGCAGCGAGGAACCUGCAGCCACUGUGCGUGAGCAGGGCGAGCAGGCGCAGGUGUCAGAGCCAGAGGGGUCGCUCCUGGUACAGAUUGAGACUGCCCUGCACCUGCCAGCAACAGCCUCACCUGCUAGCAUCAUAGGCCCAGCUAGUGGGGAGGCCGGCAGCGACCACUACCGCUCGUUUGUUCAGGCAGUGUGGGGCCCGCAGCGGCAGGUGCGGCAGCGCACGCCUGCUGUCCCGGUACAUGUGUUGGAAGCUGCUGACCUUGGCGGCACAGCUGUUUGGGGCAGUGCAGAGUUGGAGCUGCCAGCAACUGCUGUUUCGUGGGCGGCCAGCAGUGGCAAUGGCAGCCGUAGCGGCGACGGUCCCACGCUGCUGCUCAAUGUCUGGACCACGCGUGCGUCUGCCAGCAGCAGUGCCAGCGGCAGCACAUCGGCGGCAGCAUCCGACAGCCUGAUUGGCACCGCAGCCGUGGACUUGAGCCUGCUGCCCUCCCUGGGCUCCCUGGCAGGCUGGUUCCACAUUGUUGGGUCAGACCAACAGCAGCGGGGGCAGAUCAAGGCGGCUGUGAGGGCAAACAGCACUCUGCGGAGCCAGCUGCUGCAAGCGGGCCUGGUAGCUGCAGCCGCUCCUUCUGAAACAGCAUCUGCGCCAUCAGCAGCAUCACCAGCCGCAGCAGCGGCGGGGGAGGCUUUGGCUUCAGCUGCCCUUCCCGCAGAGCAGCAGAUCGAGCCGAAGCAGGUUGGCCUGAACCUGAUGCAGCAGCUGCAGGUGCAGCUGAAUGAGCUGGACCUCCUUUCGCAGCGCUUGGCUUCGGAGCCACCCUCCGCGCAUGCAGCGGCAGCCGGGGCACAGCUGCCCUCGCCAGCAGCCUCUUCCACUGCCUCGGCCCAGAGGCCGCAGCAGCCACAGGGCGCGGCGCAGGUGGUGGCUGCUGCCGCCGGUGCCUAUGAACUGGCAGAAUCAGAGGGGGAGGAGGACGCGUGGCCGCCCUUUGAUGCUCGCCAGAUGGGCAAUGCCUGGAGCGGCAGCCACAGCGAUGCCGACAUCCCUCUGGACCUGGUCGAUGUGGCUUUCGAAGGGGCGGUGAGCCCAGGCUACAGCGAUGAUGAGGCGGAGGAGCAGCGGCCCAGGGCGGCCAGCCGGCCUGCGCUGCUUCUGGAUGACGACUGGAUGUUCAGCAUCAGUAGGGCACCGCAGCCUGCUGCGGACCAAGCGGCAGCUGCAGAGGGCACGGGUGCGGCAGCUGGCGUGGCCGGCAGCUCCAGGGAGGAGGAGGCGCUGGAGGAGCAGGAGCUGCAGCAGCCGCGGUGCUCCAUUGUCUUCCGCAACGUCAUUGCCCAGGGCGGCGCUACCAUGCCUCCCAGCAGCGCUCUCCCUCGCGUGGCGACAGCGCCGGCCAGCCGGCCGCCGCUGCCGGUGGUGCAGCUGCCGCCACCGCGGCAGGAGCAGCAGGAGCAGCAGCCGGCAUCGUCGCCACCUGCGCUGCCUACCCGGCUGCCCUCGCUGGCUGGAGAUUGGAUGUUUGGCAUUCGCCGGCCACAGCAGCCGGCUGCCAGCAGCAGCGAUGGUUGGGGUGCCGAGGUGGCGCCUGCUGAGCCAGCACCAGAGUGUGGGCAGUUUGCUCCCAUGCAGCAGCUGGGGCAGGCGGCCUCGGUGCCAGCCCUGUCGGGGCGGCAGCAGCGCCAGGGGCAGUCUGCAGGGGCAGCGACAAUCGACGAGGUGUUGGAGCAGCUGCAGCAUGGGCGGACCACGGCCCCUGGCAGCAGCACAGCUGCCAGCGGUUGA